UUUCUCAUUUUGUCGUCAAGAUGCAGGCGCAGUUGGCUUGUGUGCUCCUCCUCUGUUUCCCAUGCGGCGCGCUCUGCACAGAUGUAGAGCAGGAGCAGCGAGCGCUCGCUGAGGAGCUCCUCACCAGCCUCUUCACCUCUAAGAUGAAACACAAUAGGCAGACUGCCCCCUUCUGGCACGUAUCGUUGACCAACCUGUGCCGGCUGAUGGGCGGCCUGCGGCAGGAGGCGUGGAGCGGCGAGCAGGAGGAGGAAGAGGAGGCAGAGGCUUCCGAGCUGAGGGAAGGGAGCCUCCCGCUGCUGGAAGAGCUGUACAGCCUCCAACACAUCUGCAGAGCGCUGCAGAGCCGGGAGGAGAGGCUACUCCGAGACUCGGUGGAAUAUUCAGAGGAGAACGGCGACGCGCCGCUGAAACGAAAAUCCCCGUACAUCCUGAAGAGGCAAGCCGCCCACAACGCCAAGUCGCGGAGGCCUUACAUCUUAAAGCGGAGCUCGGUUUACUGACGCCCGUCGCUCGUUCCGUCUGCGUGUGGCUGCAGAGUUUGUUCGUUUUUUGGUUUUGUUUUUUUUCUCCAGUAAGAACCUGCGAUUGUACGUCCAGCGCUGAGGCCUGUCGUUAUGCUGCUGCUGACAAUAAAACAACUGAAGCAUCGUACACAUUGUGUUUUCUCUGAGGAUCCGUAUUCAUUCAUCUGUUCCUCCACUGCAACGUAAAAGAUUGUUCUAUGUUUUUAAAGCGAUUGAAGGAUUGCUAAUGAAAGGCUAGCCUGACCUGGAUGUUUGUGCUCUUGUUCAAUGCGAUCCACAGCAAACACGAACACGGUAUCUUUAUUUGUCUCGGGCUUGUUUGUGUGAGGCUUGUUUCGUCACUGCAGAGAAUAAAAACCCAACAGACUUCUAUGUUAGUCCGUUCUUGUAUGAAUCUGAUGCAAGUCGUCUGGAUGCAGGAGUAUCAAAAGAUGGACAAACACAUUGUUGGUUUUAUGAUCUCUACAAGUCUUCUGACGUUUGUCUACCAGCUUUUUACAUCUACAGACUUGACGUUUUCACACAUUUUUCUUUUUCUAAAUAGCCAAAGUCUUAUUGAAUUGAGAGUAUCUUUGAAUGGAAAUUUGUCUUGCCACAGAUUUUCAUUAGGAAUUUGUUCAGUAUUUUAAAACAUGAUUAUGCUUCAGUUAAACUGCCGGUGUAUUCACACUAGGUCCAGACCAAAAUCAGACUUUUAUCUUUUUUGUUUGGUGCUGUCUGCUUUCGCCUGUGGUGUAGCGCACGUCCGCUAAUCUGCUAACAGCAAAGCUACUUCUUCAUUUGGCAAAAUUGCCAAUCUUUGAAAACAUUUUGCACUUAGCUAACCACCACAUGAGUCUAAGGCGAUAAUUUACUUGUCUGUUUGCUUUCAGCUGAAUAAAGUUCUACAUCUUCUUUAAAGUUUU